AUGUUUCAUAUCCUCUGUUGUUUUUUUUUACAGAAGACAUCCAGCUGGGAAAUGGCAAUGAAAAAUGCAACUUUGCUGACAGAGUUUGUCCUCACAGGACUCCCAUGUCAACCAGAGUGGCAAGUUCUCCUGUUCUUGGUGUUCUUGGCAAUAUACCUCAUCACUAUUGUGGGGAACCUGGGUCUGAUCACUCUCGUCAGGAAUGACUCUCACCUUCACAUACCCAUGUAUUAUUUCCUUGGGAAUUUAGCUUUUGUAGAUGCUUGGUUAUCAUCUACUGUGACACCUAAAUUGUUGGUGAACUUAUUACACAUAGGUAAGCUGAUAACUUACUCUCAGUGCAUGAUACAGUUUUUCUCCUUUGCAAUUAGUGUAACAGCAGAAUGUUUUCUGUUGGCAGCAAUGGCUUAUGAUCGCUAUGUGGCCAUAUGCAAACCUUUACUUUACCCAGUGAUUAUGACCAAUAGACGAUGCAUCCAGCUAUUAGUUCUAUCAUUUGUAGGUGGCUUUCUUCAUGCCUUAAUCCAUGAAACUUUUUUAUUCAGAUUAAAGUUCUGUAAUUCCAACAUAAUACAUCACUUUUACUGUGAUAUCAUACCACUGACAAAGAUUUCCUGUACUGAUCCUUCUAUUAAUUACCUAAUGCUUUUCAUUUUCUCUGGUUCAAUCCAAGUAUUCAGCAUUGUGACUAUUCUUGUCUCUUAUACAUUUGUUCUCUUUACUAUUUUACAAAAGAAAUCUGAAAGUGGUACAAGCAAAGCCUUAUCCACCUGUGGAGCCCAUCUGUUUUCGGUGACUUUAUACUAUGUCCCCCUUCUCUUCAUGUAUGUGCAUCCAGCAUCUUCAGAGCAAAACGAUCAGGAAAUGAUAUUCUCUAUGUUUUACACUGUCAUAAUUCCUGUGUUAAAUCCAUUUAUCUAUAGCCUGAGAAACAAGCAAGUCACAGGUUCACUGAGAAAGAUGUUGAAGAGAAAUGCUUAG